AAUAUCUAUUAAUUUUGUAAUGGUUUUCAGGCAGCAGAUAAAGUAGAAGAGAAGGAACAGGUGCAGGAUAGUAUGCCUGAAGAGGAGACAGAAACAAAAGAUGAGCCUCCAAAAGAGGAAGAAAUGGAAGAUGACACAACCAAAGUUGAAGAGAAGGAAGAGGAGAAAGUAGAGGAGAAAGAGGAAAAAGAAGAAACAAAGCAAGAGACACCAGUAAAGGAAACACCCGAAACUCCCCCAAAAGAAGACGUACGACCUCUUUAUGACCAACCCCUAGAGAUGAGUGGUAAGAGAGACCGCAAAAAGGUAGAGAGAUUUGUUCAAGAGACCAAGAAAGAAGAGCCCGAAGCCUCAGGGAAAGGUGCAGCACUCGGGGACAUUCCAUACAUUAACGCAAUGAUCAUGAAAAUGCAAGUAGAUGACCUAAAAGUUUUACACAGAGUUGCAUACAGUCGGCCUGGAAGUGGGAAUGAGGUAAAAAAGAACUUAAGGAAAUUUAACGGCUUCCCAUUUACGAAAGAGGACAAAAAGUACAAUUUGAAAUUAAGUAAUGUAGAGAGGAUUUUAAUGUCUGAGAUCAAGAAGAUGCUUUUGAUUUUGGGCUUGGAGCGUGCUGGCAACAAAGGCGAGGUUGUAGAGAGAUUGAUGGAGUUCAUGCUAAAUCCUGAAGAUAGGGGACGGAAACCUCCCACAGUUGCAAAGACCAAAGCAAGAGGAAGACCCAAAAAGGGAACACAAGGGAAGAAGAAAAAGAAUAACACAUCACAUGAGUCUGUCAAGAGCGGAGAAAGUGGGAGCGAUGAGUCAGGUGAUAGUGGAGAAGAGGAAGUGGAGGAGGAGGAGGAGGAGGAAGAAAAGCCUAAGAAAACACAGAAGAAAACACCUGCAAAAAAGCCCCAAGCCAAGAGGGCAACACCAGCCAAAAAAGCAGCGCCUGCUAAGCGUUCAAAGGCCAUCGCCUCUGCAGACUCCGAUUCUGACUCGGAUGAUGAGCCUCUUGCAAAGAAAGUCAAGCAACCUCCUACAGAUGUUGAGUUGAAGGCAAUGGUGAAGAAGAUCUUAGAUGGCGCCAAUUUAGAAGAAAUCACAAUGAAAAGUGUCUGUCGACAAGUCUACGAUAAUUACCCAGACUUUGACUUAACUCACAAAAAAGACUUCAUAAAGGAAACAGUAAAAUCAAUUAUAUCGUGAUCAGUUGGCACAACCAUCUUUACCAUAGUACAAAGUGUUCAUAUACUUUUUUUUUCUUCUCUUUUAUUUCUUUAUUUUUCUUUAUAUUUUUUUAUGAUAUAUACUAAUGUCAGAGAUAGCUAUUUUCCAAAUCUAGCAAAAUUGCUACAUUGCAAAUCUUUUAAAAGAUAUAGUUAAUUAAUGGUAAUAGUAAUCAAUGUGGAUGAAGUUUUGAGGCAUAUUUUAUGCAAAAAAAGAAAAUGAACCAUAGUUAAGGUUAUUAAGUAAAUUUUAUAAGCACUUUUCUUUAUAAACUAUACAAAAGUACACUAUGUAUAUGUUUUGAUAUGUUUGAAGGUUGCCUCUUCUAUUAUGCAGGUUGCAGCUAAAUGUAACAAAAAUCUUGAAAAUGUCCACAAAGCAUCAAGAAUGACACAGAAUCCCUGCAAAAAUGGGUUCUGUAGUAAUCCAUUUCAUGUCUUGAGCCCGUCUUGACAGUCGUUUGUAGUGUAUUUGUAGGAGCGACGAAUUUCAAGAAGGCUUAAUGUUAUAGGCUGUGUGUUACUUGUUUGGUUAGAGAGUGUGAGUACUGUACCUCCUCAUGCUAUGAUACGGAAAUGGUUACCUGUAUUUUUGCAUUUUUAACUUAUUCAAAAAGACUUGAUACAAGUAGAAACUGUAUUUGGUUAUUUCUGGAGAAAUGGAAAUAGGCAGAGAAAAGAGAUAACAAGACAGACAUACCUAGUGUUCCAUCUAGGCAACUAUUGGUAUAUGAUCAUUGUAAAUGGAACCAAAAUACAAUUUAGAAAUGUUUCUUGUCAUAAAUUCUGCACUUGAGAGAUUUUUAACCACAUCCUUGUUUUACUUUUUAUUUUUUUCUAACUGCUUUUAUCAUUGUUUUAAGCAUAUGUGUUUUUUUUUGUUUUUUUUUUAAUCAAAAUUGCAGAAUAGGAAAGUCGACAAAAGCAAAAAACUUCCAUAUUUGUUAAAUGUGCCAUUUUUCUCCCCCACUCAUACCUCCUCACUACAAGUUGAAAAAGAAGAGUUACCCAGAUCACCAUAUCCUUUGUAGACUGUAGGAGAGACACUUACAAAAAAGUAUUAUUUUAUUUAUGCAACGUCCGCCACUGUUAAAGAGGAGGAAUCGACUUAAAAUGAAUAUAUAUAUGGAACAAAAAUUUUUUCACCAGGACAAAGAUUCAGUUCAAUGUGAUUAAUUGAGAGCAGGAAAGGAAAAAAAAAAAAAAAAAAAAAAAAAAAUGAUUUUGUACAUCUUUUUUAAAUGUGCCCGGAAGUCCGUAUAAAUUAUAUUUUUUUGUAUGGUAAUGCAGAAUUGUUCUCUUUUUUAUGUGUGUGUGAUAAUUAUUGACAUGCUUUUUGCUCUAACAUCCAAGUUAUUGAAGAGAGAGAGAGAGAAAAAAAAAAAGAUCAGACGAUUUUGAGGGGUCUUUUAGAAGUCCUUUUAGAAUUAUAUCUCUUGAGGUUGUAUACUCCCAUUGAUAUUCUUUUGCUUUUUUUUUAUCUUCUUAUUUUUUUCUUGAAGAUUUGUUGUCAUUAUUGUUUGUUAUUUGUUGGUUUCAUAGUCUUGUCUUUUUAAGACCUUCAUCUGUUAUUGAUUUCAUAAUGUAUAGAUAUUUUCAUUGUUAUAUUUAUUGUUUAUUAUUGUUAUUCUAGUAAUUAUUAUUAUUAUUAUUAUUGUUAUUAUUAUUUAUUAUUAUUUUUCUUAUUGUUGUUAUUAUUAUUAUUAUUAUUAUUAUUAUUAUUAUUAUUACUAUUAUUAUUGUUAUUUAGAAGGCAAAUGUUCAAUGCACCUUAAAAUUUUGAAUCCAAAGCAUUAUUUGCUAGCUUCAACUUUUGAGUAAUUAUUCCCUAAAGUUUAAAGACUUUGGGAACAGGGUCAGCUAUGACAUAUUUGCCCAUGACCAUUUUUAUGCAAAGUCACAUUUGCACUAGAUUUAAUGUUGCCCUAAGGAAACUAUAUUUUACAGCAAUUCAGAAUUUUAUUGGCAUUCGUGAAAUUAUAUGUAGUUCAUGAUAUAUAUUCAACAGUCAAAUUAAAACCAUUUCUUUGGUUAUGGAAGUAAUUUACAGUUAGAACUUUGUCAAAAUGUUAUGAUAAUAGCAUGAGUGGAACAGUGUUGUUUAUUUGCUCAGAGGACUUGGUUGGUCAUGUGUGACCUUUAAUGAGCAAAGAAUUUUUAACAGGGCAUAUAAUCAUUAGUAAUUUUAAUUGAUCAAAAAGCUGUAAAUGGAGUAUAGUUUUUGAUUAUAUUGUAUUGAUCAAAACAUAUACCAAGUUUCAUCCAGUCUAAAAAGAUGGAUAACAAAGGCUAACUUGGAAGUUUUAAGUUCUAAAAAAGCAGCUCAAAAUCUCUGAUCUUUUACAUUUACAAAUUUUACCUACCCCUUUUUUACCAGAUAAGGUCAUGGCAAAAUGUAAGAUUAUUCUAAUAAAGUAGGUUUUAGAUACAA